AAGAUAGAGAGAGAGAAAGAAAAAGAGGAAGAGAGAGAGAGCCACUGUGUGUGUGUGUGAAAAAUUGGAAGAAAACCCACUUCAGAUCUACUGAUCUCUGUCAUCUUAGCACAUUCUUGAUUAUUUUCACAAGCAUUUCAUGUAAAACCUCUGAAAAUUUCAACAAUGGCUCCAUUUUAACUCUGUUUUAGCUCACAUUUUCAUUCACUGUGUUAACUCAGUGCCACGUGUCUCCUUCUCUGUUUCUUCCUCUAGAUUACUUUUUUCAGCUCUACGCUGCAAAACUCAAUCUGGGUAUUCUUAAAUUUGGGAAUUUGAGUGGUUUUUCAGCUGUAUGGUCAUUCCCCGGCAGUGUUCGCCGGAGCUCCGGCGAGAAUUUGAGGUGGGUUUUUAGGAAAAUGUGUUAAUUGAGGGUUAAAAGUGGAAAAAAUGUUCAAGUCUUCGAGAUGGAGGAGCGAGAAGAACAAGAUCAAAGCUGUAUUCAAGUUGCAAUUUCAUGCAACUCAGGUGUCACAGGUAAAAGGAGAUGCAUUAAUGGUAUCUGUGGUCCCUGCUGAUGUUGGAAAGCCAACAGUAAGAUCAGAGAAGGCCACGGUUCGUGAUGGGAGCUGCUAUUGGGAAAAUGGAGUUCUCGAAACUGUGAAAUUUGUUCGAGAGCCAAAGACUGGGAAGAUUCAUGAGAGGAUCUAUAACUUUGUUGUGGGAACUGGUUCUUCAAAAGCUGGAUUAGUUGGUGAAGCUUCGAUUGAUUUUUCGAGUUAUGCUGAUGCAACUAAGGUGUCCUUAGUGUCUCUUCCUCUCAAAAAUUCAAAAUCUGAAGCUGUGUUGCAUGUUUCAAUACAACGGAUUCAAGAUUCUGCUGAUCAAAGUGUUGUUGAAGAAACCGAAAAUGCAAAAGUUAAUUCUCUGGAUAGAAGCUUGAGGUCACAAUUAAGCAAUAGUGAUUUCGAAGCAAUAGUUGAAGACAAUUCUAUUGAGGAUGAUCUGGCCAAUAAUCCUGCAUCUCAAAAUGCUGGAAAGAACGAUAACUGCCGGACAUCAAGUGAAUCUGAUAUUACCCUGUCCAGCUCUGGGAGCAGCUCAGGGCUUGAUAUACCUUGUGAAGUUUCAUUGAAGAACAACACGGGCCAUCACGAGCAGCUAAACUUCCCAUCCUCUCUGAAUCAUGCUUUGGUUCCCUUGAAGCAAAAUAGCAAUGUCUCAACAACAGUUCAUGAAGAAAGUCCGGAUGUACAAUGGGAGUGGAUGGGAGGUUCUGCUUUUGAAGCAAGUACAGAUGCUUCAGCAGGCACUCUGAAAGAUGCCCUUCUUCUAACAUUAACAUCACAUGAGGACUCAGAUGUUGUUGAAAAGCUCAAAACAGAUCUCAUUGCUAUGGCUAGGCAGGCAGACUUGACAGAUUUGGAACUACAGACUCUUCGGAAACAGAUAGUCAGGGAGAGCAAAAGGGGAUCAGACCUAUCAAAAGAGGUAGCUAGCUUGAAGGAGGAACGAGAUGCUCUCAAGGAAGAAUGCGAUAAAUAUAAAGCCUCACAGAGACGUAUGGAUGAUACAAGGUCCAAAGACAAGUUGAUUUACGACAAUGGAGAUAUUCAAGCUCUUGUAGAUGAGCUUAGGCAAGAGUUGAAUUAUCAGAAGAACCUUAAUGCCAAUCUUCAGAUACAACUUCAGAAGACACAAGAAUCAAAUUCUGAACUCAUUCUUGCUGUCCGUGAUCUAGAUGAGAUGUUGGAACAGAAAAACCAAGAAAUUGCUAGCCUACCGAACAAAUCAACGACCUCUGAUGAUACUGAAAAGUUUCCUGAUGUUAUCUCCAACUCCAAAAAUGAAAUGUCUGAUGAAGACGAUGAAGAGCAAAAAGCACUUGAGCUGCUGGUGAGAGAGCAUACUGAUGCCAAGGACACACAUGUGCUAGAGCAAAAAAUCAUGGAUCUACAUGGAGAAAUUGAGAUCUACCGAAGAGAUCGAGAUGAGUUAGAGAUGCAGAUGGAGCAACUUGCGCUUGACCACGAGAUACUGAAGCAAGAAAACCAUGACAUGUCUUGCAAACUGGAGCAAAGUGAGCUACAGGAACAAUUGAAGAUGCAGUAUGAAUGUUCUUCUUCAUAUGCCACUGUAGGUCAACUGGAAGCCCAGAUUGACAGCUUGGAGAAUGAGCUGAAGAAGCAAUCUGAAGAAUUCUCCGACUCUUUAGUCACCAUUAGUGAACUGGAAGCUCAAGUUAGAAACUUGGAGGAGGAACUGGAAAAGCAUGCCCAAGAAUUUGAAGCUGAUCUGAGUCUGCUGACUCGUGAUAAAGUUGAACAGGAGCAGAGAGCGAUACGAGCUGAAGAAGCCCUGAGGAAGACAAGAUGGCAAAAUGCUAGCACAGCAGAGCGGCUUCAAGAGGAAUUCAAACGGCUCACUGUCCAAAUGGCAUCCACUUUUGAGGCUAAUGAAAAAUUGGCUAGCAAAGCAAUGAAUGAAGCUAACGAAUUCCGCUUAAAGAAAAUGCAUCUUGAAAAUAUGCUCCGGAAAUCAUCUGAGGAGCUUCAGUCAACCAAAGACCAUCAUGAAGUAAGGGUUUUUGAGCUUUCCAGCCAGGUGAGUAAAAUGUCAGGUCAAAUAGAAAAGCUGCAGACAGAAGUUGAAGAAAAAUCUAUGCAAAUACAGAGACAAGAAGAGCUUGCCAAAGAAAAUCACCUGUACUUGUCACAGAAAAUUAUAAUCCUCAAAGCUGAGAUUGAAAAUCUUCUAACAGACAAGAAAGUAUCUUCUGAUCAUGAAGAACAGAAGAACAGCCUGAUGGCAGAGUUAGAUAAAAUGAGGACAUCAAUUAAAGACAUGGAAUUGCUUGUAGAACAAGGUCACAAUGAAAGAAGUGAACUGGAGACUAAGCUUGCUUCAGUGAGAAAAGAAGCCGAUGAGUCUCUUAAGGAAUUAAACAAUAUGAGGUCUCUUAAGGAUGAGAAGGAGGCAUUAGCUCGUAAACUGCAAUCUGAAGUAGAUAACCUUAAAUCUAGGUGCAAUGAAAUGAAAAGGAUGUUGUUUGAGGACGAGGUGGAGAAAGAAAAAUUGAAAAAGCAGGUAUCUCAAUUGAAAGGUGAUCUAAAGAAGAAAGAGGAUGCAUUGAAUGGUUUAGAUAAAAAGCUCAAGGAUGCAAAUAGUCGAGUAAUAGCUACUAAUGGAAUGAAAACAAUAUCAAAGAACAACAAAUCCAUGCCUGCAUCCGCAGGCUCAAGAGAAGUUGCAAGUCUUAAAGAGAAGAUAAAGUUGCUUGAGGGUCAAAUCAAGCGGAAGGAAAGUGCACUGGAGAGCUCAACUAAUUCAUUUUUGGAGAAAGAGAGAGAUCUUCAAGACAGAAUAGAGGAGCUGGAUAAAAGAUUAGAAGAACUCAGUCAGAAUGCAGAAAGGCUCUCUGAACAAGAGUCCCGAAAGGUAGUUGCAGAAGUUCUUAGUCCAGAAGAAGAUGAAAGUUCCAAUCAAAUGUUGACAAGGAAGAGCAUGGAAGCCUCAGCAUCUAAUACAAGACAUCUCGAGGAAUUGUCCAGCGAAGUUGAACUAUUGAAGGAAAAGAACAAUGUAAUGGAAGAUGAACUGAUGGAAAUGCAAGAGAGAUAUUCUGAAUUAAGCCUCAAGUUUGCUGAGGUAGAAGGAGAAAGACAGCAGCUAGUAAUGAAAUUGCGUAACGCGAAAAAGAAUCCAUAAGACAUUUCCAGCCUCCAGGGAGGUAAUGAAGCCAGGUUCUUUUCUGCCAGAAUAUUAAAAUGUGAAUUGUAUCAACAAAAAAAAUAAAAAAAUAAAUGUAUAUUGGUGAGGGAUUUUUUCUUUUUUUCUCAUUUUUUAAAAAUAUUUUGUUUCUAGCAUAUAGUGCUUGACUUUAGCCCUAGAUAUUAUACAAGAAUGUAAAGUAGUUUACCUCAUAGGUUAAUAUGUCUCACUUGCAAGUUGUGUAAGAGUAUUUUCACUUGUUUCUGUGAGUAUUGACUAGUAAUGUCUUCUGUUUAUCAAGAGUUCUUUUCUUUUUU